AUGUCACAGGGAUCUAGUCGUGAAGACGACACACAGUCAUUGACUGCCAGUGUUAUGGACUACCCCAUGGAACAUGGAAGGCGAUACCACAGAUAUCAUGAGGGGGCAUACUUGUACCCGAACGACGAGCAAGAACUAGACCGUAUGGACAUGCAACAUCAUAUGCUCAAGCUUGUCAACAACGGGCGGAUGCUAUUUGCUCCAGCCCAACGUCCAAAGAGGAUCCUAGAUAUCGGCACUGGCUCUGGUAUAUGGCCCAUAGAAUUGGCGUCCGAAUUUCCAACAGCCGAGAUCAUUGGAACCGACCUGUCGCCUGUCCAACCGAACGAAGUCCCCGAGAAUGUCCAUUUCCUUGUCGAUGAUGCCACAGAAGACGACUGGCUAUGGGGCCCCAACCACUUCGAUGUCAUCCAUGCCGGACACCUUUCGGGGUCCCUGCCGUCGUAUAAAGACCUAUUGCGAAAAGCCUUCAAGCACCUCAAGCCGGGUGGUUACGUCCAGUGUGAUGAGUUCGACCCGAAGCCAAAAUGUGAUGACGAAACGAUGCCUCCAGAAGAUCCCGAUAAGUUCAGCGAAUAUGCCCUUCAAGAUCUGAUGGACUUGCACGUCCGUUCAGGCCAGAUUUCAGACCCGCCACGGCAGUUUCGAGUAGCUCACCGCUUUGUACGCUGGAUGCGAGAAGUUGGCUUUGAGGACGUUCAGGAACGUAUCUCUAAAGUCCCUGUCAACCCGUGGUCUACUGAUUCGCAUCUAAGAACUAUCGGUUCGUGGCACGAGGCAAACCUACUGGAAGCCAUAGCUGGAUGGUCUUACAAGCCACUCACGAUCCUAGGCUGGUCAAAGCCUGAAAUUGAAGUUUUCCUUGUCGAUGUACGGAAAGCUAUCCAGAACCGAGAUGUGCACGCCUACAUGAAUUACUACGUGGUAACCGGAAGAAAGCCACACAAUGCGCAAUGA